AUCUGCAGGACGACCAGAUAGUGGAAUCGGACGACGGACAAGUGAGAAGACAUAGUGGGGAAGGGAUCUUUGUCUCAAACAUGACUCUCUCGGUUCCCUCUCUCUCGCUUCUCUUCCCUUUGAUCACCGUCUUGGUUUGCGCUCUCCUAUCGCCAUCAACGUCCGACACAAACUCCUUGGUGUACGUUGGCUGCUCCCAGUUCAAGUACUCUGUCGGGUCAUCCUACGAGAGCAGCAUCAACAACCUCCUCACCUCUCUCGUCAACUCCGCAAACUCUGCCCCCUACAACAACUUCACCAUGACAGGGUCAACAGCAGAAGACACAGUCUCCGGCUUCUACCAGUGCCGGGGAGACCUCAGCCCUUCCUCCUGCUUCAGCUGUGUCUCCAAAGCAGUCUCCCAACUCGGUACCUUCUGCGUGAAGUCAACUGGUGGUGCUGUGCAGCUUCAAGGUUGCCUCAUGAAGUAUGACAACACAACCUUCUUAGGAGUGGAGGACAAGUCUGUGCUGUUCAAGAGAUGUGGACCAAUGGUCGGGUAUGCCACGGAUUUGAUGACGAGGCAUGAUGCAGUGUUGGGCUACAUAGGCACCGACGAUGGCACCUACAAGCCUUAUCGGUUCAGUGCCUCCGGGAGUGUCCAGGCAGAGGCACAGUGCGUACAAGACCUCAAUCAAGGUGAGUGCCAAGACUGCAUGACAGAGGCAAUCAGACAGCUGAAAACAGAGUGCGGGGGCGCCAAGUGGGGCAACAUGUUCUUGGCCAAGUGCUAUGCUCGAUUUUGGGAUGGCGGCGAUCCAUCAGGAGGCAGAAAUGGUUCUGAUAAGGAGGAAGAGACUCAGAAGACAGUGAUAAUUCUAGUAGUGCUCAUUGUCGCGGCUGCGGUGGUCACCGUAUUACUUUCUCUAUUCCAAGCCUUAACGUGUCAAAAAGCGAAAGGCGGGAAAUAAAAUUGAAGCCUGUGGGAAUGCCAGGAGCAAAAGCAAUAUCAGAGAAAAAGAGCAAAGGGUGAAAGCAUGACAGAUGCAUCACAGUUUGGGAACAUCAAGACAUCAAUGCACCGUUUAAGUUCACGUAAAAAAAUAGAAAAAGUAUCUGAAGAGUUGCAAAAAAGGAAGAUGGAAUCUUUUAGAGACAGUAGGUGUAUAUAUAUACUCACUUUUCCUGAUGAUUUUGUGGAUAGAGUUGCACAUAUGUUUAUGUUCUGGCAAAGUGCUUUUCUUUUUCCAAAGUCGUAUUUGUAUAGUUCAACGAUGUGCUAUGUACAUAAUUAAAAAGAGAAAAGCAAAAGUUGUGUGUGA